AGUUAAAUAUGUAGAGUACGUCGUUGAAUGCUUUGACGUUUUGAUAAACACGAUUGAAACAUGGGUUUGUUUGGAAAAUCACAGGAAAAAAAUCCUAAGGAAAUGGUUCAAGAAUGGACUCACAAAUUGAGAAAAGAAGGUUAUCAACUUGAUAGACAGGUUAGAGCGAUUCAGAGAGAAGAAGACAAAGUUAAACGUUCCUUAAAAGAAGCAGCAAAAAAAGGAGAUAAAGAUGUAUGCAAAAUCCUUGCAAAAGAGAUUAUAAGGGCUCGCAAAGCUUGCAAUAAGAUUUAUACUUCUAAGGCACACUUAAAUUCUGUAUCAUUACAAAUGAAAAAUCAGUUAGCAACAAUCAGAGUUGCUGGUUCGGUCUCUAAAUCCACAGAAGUGAUGCAAGCAAUGCAAUCUUUAGUAAGAGUACCAGAAGUAGCCGCAACUAUGAGAGAAAUGUCAAAAGAGAUGAUGAAGGCAGGUAUUAUCGAGGAAAUGUUGGACGAGACGAUGGAUUCUAUUGAGGAUUCUGAAGAUAUGGAGGAUGAAGCUGAUGAAGAAGUUGAUAAGAUUUUAUGGGAAGUUACAGCAGGUCAGCUCGGUACAGCUCCUGCAGUUGUCACAGAAAAUCCUGGAAUUGCUUCUACUUCUGCAGAAGAGGAAACAGAAGAUGAUGACAAAGAACUUGAAGAGAUGAAAAACCGAUUGCAAAGUCUUCGCAGUUAGAUAAAUAAUUAAAUAAUUCAAAACUACUUGUAUUAUACAAAUGU